AUGUCUUCUCGUCACCCCGCGAACGUGAAGCCGCUGUCGACCGCCGAACGACGCUCGGCCAAUGCGAACUACACGUCCACCGCGCGACCCCGCGUCGCAUCAGGAACAGGGAUAGGGACAGGGCCCGGAACUGGCGAGGGGGACGAGCGGCGCGAAUCGGCCAGGACGUCGCACCGGAGCACGAAGUCAGGUGCCAUGGGCACGGCGGCCGAGCUGAGAGAGCGGCGCACAGAGAAGCGCGAGGUGCGCGAGAGGGAGACGGAGGUACGGCGCACACGAAGCCCGCUGAAGCAGUCGACCGAGAGCCGCGCCCAUGCCCGAAGCCGCGCAGAGAAACAGGCGCGCGAGGCAGAGUGGCCGCCGAGGAGCGCAACAUCGAGACAGCCGUCCGAACAGCCACCGCCGCCGCCGCCGUGGGACCCCCAGGCCUCGCUGAUACCGCACACGAGCGCGCCGCUGGCCACGCGCAUAUCGAUUCCCCCGCUCGCUGCGACCGCGCCCGCCGCCCUGCAGCCCACGCCGCUCGCCCUGCUGUCGCUCGACGCGCAGGAGAAGGCCGUGAUUGAGGAUCUGCUGUUCGUCUUCAUGGGCUUCGAGGGGCAGUACCUCCGCUUCGCCGACGCAUACAACCCCCACGAGGAGAAGGAACGGCUGCUGGGCCCGCAGUUCAAGCUGCUGCCAGGCCUCGACCCCAGUCUGAAGGACCUCACCAAGGCCAUGCUGCGCACCGCGACCCACUACAUUGCCGUCGAGACGUGCGUCGAGGUGCUCAGCCGGGACCAGUAUGGCGCCGUCAACCACGCCCUGUGCGCAGCGAUACGGCGGCUGCUGAAGGACUACCUCACCCUGAUUGCCCAGCUGGAGCACCAAUCCUUGACCAACGACUCCUUCACACUGCAUGUGCUGAAUCUGCACAUGAAGCAGACCAGUCACAUGCUCUUUCAGCUCUACACAACCGGCAUCGAAUUGCUCAAGGCGAACGGCAUUCUGGAAGACGAGAAGGACGAGGAGACCGACGACGACACCAACGACUUCGAGAACAUCCUGGAGUCAUUGCGCGAGGGAGGAGCUACGGUCAAGAAGAUGUGCAAAGGCGGCAGCGUAUUGGGUCUGAUCACCAGGCGGUUAUCGUCCAUGUCUGGCGACCCUGCUGCUCGAACGCUGCUCACGACACUUCUGCGAGAGGCCAGCAGACCGUACAUGGCCAUGCUGAACGAGUGGCUACACCACGGAGGCAUAAAGGACCCUCAUUCAGAAUUCCUUGUCAAAGAGCAACGGAGCAUCAAGCGCGAGCGCCUAGACCAGGAUUAUACCGACGAAUACUGGGAGAAGCGGUAUACUGUCCGAGACGCUCUUGUGCCGCCGCAGCUAGAAGCGGUCAAAGACAAAGUGCUGCUGGCAGGAAAGUACCUCAAUGUUGUACGCGAAUGCGGUGGCGUCGAUGUCAGCAAACGCGUCGAGGAUGCACCUACCAGCUUCGAUGACCCGCGAUUCCUGGACAACGUCAAUUCCGCCUACGCAUCCGCCAAUUCUUCUCUUCUGAACCUUCUUCUUACCACACAUCAACUGCCCGCACGACUGCGUUCCCUCAAACACUACUUUUUCCUCGAUCGUUCCGACUUCUUCACUUAUUUCCUCGAAAUGGGUGAGGUGGAGCUCAAGAAACCAGCGAAACAUGUCAAUGUUGGCAAGUUACAAUCCCUCCUCGACCUCGCAACACGUCAUGCCGGCUCCGUGGCUGUCGAAGACCCUUACAAAGAAGACAUCAAGGUUCAAAUUAAUGAUGUGGGCCUCACCAAUUGGUUAAUGAAGAUUGUCAACGUCCAAGGUCUCGAUCAGGAAGCCGCGACCUCGAUAUCCAACUACACUCCUGCCAACACAGACAGCAUCACGAAUGACAAAGACAUCACAGGCUACCAGGCACUUGUGUUCGACUAUAACAUGCCGUUCCCGCUCUCGCUGGUAGUUAGCCGUGUUACGCUUACACGCUACCAACUCCUCUUCCGCUUCCUGCUCAGCCUGAAGCAUCUCGAAACCGAUCUCGGCAAGUGCUGGGGCGAGCAGGGCAAGAACUCGAUGUGGAAACACAGGUCGAAGAAUCCUCGUAUCGAGCAGUGGAAACGCAAAGCCUGGACGCUGCGCGCCCGGAUGAUGGUCUUCGUGCAGCAGCUCACCUACUACUGCACCGCAGAAGUCAUCGAACCGAACUGGGUGUCACUUAUGUCAAGACUGAAGGAAGAAGGAAAAGCAAAUGAAGAUGUGACCGGGGAGGGGGUGAAGAGGACGGUAGAUGAGCUGAUGCAGGACCACGUUGACUUUCUGGCAACAUGUCUGAAGGAGUGCAUGCUUACCAACAGCAAGCUCCUGAAGAUCAACAACAAAAUCAUGUCUACGUGUAACAUGUUUGCCACCUUCACUUAUUCCCUCUCCCGCUACCUCGUCACGUCAGACCCAGACCUUGUCCAACAGGUCAACGACGCCAUCUCCUCUCAACCUCCCAACUCGUCACAUCGACACGUUGUUUUCGACCCUCAAAGGCUCGAUAGGAUGUUCGACAUGCUCACAAAGUACGAAGACAGCUUUACCAGGCACCUUAAGAUUCUGCUGGAUACGCUAAACUACCUUGCUGCGACCGAAACGGUGGUGUUCUUGCAACUUUGCGCGAGACUGACAAGUGCGGGAGAGGGGUUGAGUGGGUUCCAGGUGCCCAUGGGCAUGGAGGGCGUGAUUUAG